AUGGAUUCUCGGGCCCAAAUUAUUACAGACGGAUCGUUUACCAAUGAUGAGCUUACUACUGGAACCGCUCCCAUCGUCGAGCUUACCAGGCAUGACACAAUUUCCUCCGCUGAAAGUGUCCCUCGAUUAUCCGAAGGCCGUUGGGCACUGAACCUCAGUGGAAACUGUUCGACUUGCCAUCAUCACCACAAAUCUGUACAAGUGCGGGUUCAGGUUUCGGGCGACUCUACUGAAUUCGGUGAUGUGUAUUGCCACAAAUGCCAGAAAUUGUGGUUGGCCUUUGGAAAAGUCAAUGGCACGCGCUUGUCUCUUCUCUCUACGAAGAGUCUUGAGCCGGAGAUGCUUGAAGCUGAGGCUGAUUUCCGCAAAACUCUGGUUCAGGCUAUACAGUCUGCCACUCCCAUCGCCACACUAUCUCCCACUCUUACUGUCAUCCCGGAAGGCACACCUGCCGGCCCAUCCCGGGAGACAUCCGUACGGUCCACCGCUCAUAGGGACACCCAGCAACACCCAGCAUCCAUCGGCAAUCAUCCGGGGCCAGUCUCGAUUGAGUCCAGUAAUGGGGAACAAGCUCCAGGUCUCAGCCAUGUCCGUUCGGGUGGCCAGAGGCAUGCGACAUUCCGCCAAAUUGCUUGGUCUAAAGGUCGGCAGGCUAUUACUCGUCUCAGAUUGAGAAUUACAGCACGAUUGCGCACAUCAAAGCCCGGUCCCCUUGUGACGAGGUCUUCUAGUAGUAGUCCCGAUCAUGAUCACCAUCGCCAAAUCCACGCACCUUUACCGGCUGAUAUAGCGCCCGCCGUAGAUGUUUCGGACUCCCUGGAUGACUCCACAGAGGCUUGUGUAGACCUCCGGAGCGAAUCAAAUCACGCCGCUCCUGAUGUCUGCGCCCUGUCAGCUACCGCUACGGAUGCGCUAGCUUCGCUCCGGAAUGUCGACCCUCGGAUCAUACAUUCUUUAUCUCCACAAGAGCGUUGGGAAUGGGGCCGCAGGCAACUAACAGACUUCAGAACACUGUAUGCCGGGUCUACUGUUCCGAUCGGCGACCCAGUCAUGAUCAAUAGCGGAACGCAGGCAAACCUUUCGGAAGAUUCGCUGUUAUCUCAUCGGCCACUCACCAGACGUCAUUCUGCCUUAGCUUUCGUUGGAAACACUUUUGGCACUCACGACUACUGGGAUGUCUUCCGGGGAAGUACGCAGACUUUCCAUAAUCGUCCACUGAGCAUGAGCGAAACGAAUUUAUCAGACGCCGAAACCGCUGUUGAACGAAUCAGUAUCGCUCCUACCACACACCAGUUGCUGAUCGAUACCUUACAUCGGGAUCGCCGCGGAUCGGGGUCUUCGCGCCCUCUUUCGAUGCACAGUGUAGUGCACGAAUGGCAGCAGCAUGUUCGGAACAGGGCGGAGGUUCGAUUAUCGAUUGACUCGGCAGCGACUGGCGGUGCUGUAAGAAACAUCGCUGUGGCGAGGGCGCGUGCAAACAAUCGCCUAUCUCGUAACUCGAUGAGUCGGGCGUCUUAUCUUUACGAUACAGAACUGGGAGGUUCGAGAGUUCAGCUGCCAGUGGCGGUGGAGACCGAGCACAGCAAUAUACCAGAACACGCUGGCUCGCCUCUUGUAUCGCCACCGAGCCCCGAAGCGGAUGUGAGAUCACAGGGUUGA